CUUGACUUCAACAUGUCCCUGCAGGUCAACAUCACGGGGGCAGACAUAGCCAGAGCAUACCAAGAUGUACUGAACCAAUCUGGCAUUGACUGGGCCCUCUUCACGUACGACAAGGGCACUAACAAUCUCAAGCUCGAGGACAAGGGUGACGGCGGUCUGGAAGAGCUUGAGGAGAAAUUCAAGGACGGAAGGAUACAGUACGCUUUCGUACGUGUCAAAGAUCCAAAUACAGAAUUGCCGAAGUUCGUGCAGAUAAACUGGUGUGGUGAAGGUGUUCCAGAGUCGAAGAAAGGCUUAUUCCAUUCGCAUUCAGGCACUGUAGCUCAGUUCCUCAAAGGAACGCAUGUCGCCAUAAAUGCACGCAAUGAAGGAGACGUGACGCCUGAAUACAUCCUAAAGCGCGUGGCGGAUUCAUCAGGCUCGAGAUACACUGCGCAUAAGGAGCAACCGCGCAAAUUUGAACGUAUAGCGCCCGUUGGCACGAAUUACACACCCAUUGGAAAGGUAGAUAUUGGCGAGAUUCGAAAAUCAGCGACGAAGCCAACUACAGCAGCGAAGCCAACUCAGGCUUACACUCCACCAACUCCCACCGCUGCCCCUCCUAUGCCUUCUGCUCCAAGACCUCCAAUCUCCUCAAAACCAGUUAUACCUUCAUGGGGUGAACCCGCAACGACGGCGGCAGCGCCGCCUCCCCCACCACCGAUGGCUUCACGCCCAGUUAUCUCCACAGAAUCGAGGCCGACGCUAUCUGUAUCACCAGGCCAUAAAGAGCCUUCCCCUGUAGCAUCAUCGAUUACGCCUACUAAGCCAACUGAAGAAGACCGCAUUGCACCAGUUGGAACGAAUUAUACCCCAGUCAAUCUACCACCUCCCAAAAAGCUUGUAAAUCCGUUCGAAAGAAUGGCACAAGCUUCCUCUUCGGAGAUCACCAAGUCUCCUGUGGGAGCAUCAAGUGCACCGAAGAAGCUCACAUGGAGUGAGCGGCAAGCUCUCGCGAAGAAGCAACAAGCAGAUGAGGAAGAGCGCAGUAGAUCUGCGUCGUUCAAGCCGAUUUCACCAGCUUCAACUGGAUCAAAAUGGACGCCGCCUGCGGUGCAAAGUAGAGCGUUUGGAUCUGCUGUUGGCGGAGAAGAGCAACCUACCGCUCCCGCCGCCCCGCCACUUCCUCCUGCUGCUUCUCGUCCUGUAGCCGCUCAAGUGGUAGCAGUUGAAUCAGAGCAAGAACCAGAAGUCGAGCAAGCUGUUAUUCCACCAGCCCCGCCUCCGCCUCCUGUCCCACAAAUGGCUGCACUCAGUAUUGAAUCCACUCCUGCAGCACCUCCCGCGCCUCCUGCACCGACUCAGCCAGCCCUACCAGCGGCGGGUAAUGGUGUAUGUGCUGUCGUCCUCUAUGAUUACGAGGCAGAAGAAGAGAACGAAAUGCCUUUAACGGAAGGUGAAACCAUUGAACAGAUCGAACAAAUAGACGAAGGUUGGUGGUCCGGAGUGGGAGCUGGUGGAACAAAGAGUGGUCUAUUCCCAGCAAACUACGUCGAAAUCAUCGAGCAAGCCGAGGAGCCGGCUGUUGAAGAGCAAGCACAAGCUGCAAUUCCCCCACCGCCUCCACCUCCGCCUGUAGAACCAGCCGCUCCUACAGCGCCUCCCGCGCCCCCUGCACCGACUGCUUCUACAGGCGACCAGGGUGUCUGUGCAAUUGCAUUAUAUGACUAUGACCGCGCUGAGGAGAAUGAAUUGACAUUCCGUGAAGGUGACCGCAUCACAGAUAUCGAAGCUGCAAGCGAAGAUUGGUGGCAGGGUCGUGAUGCACACGGGAACGUCGGAUUAUUCCCUGCAAAUUAUGUCGAAGUGCAAGAGUAGCGAAACAUUGCAAAUUGGAGUUCGGACCUGAGAGAUAAGAAAUAUGCAUGUAAUUAUUAUCAGUCAAGGUUGUAUUGAAGUACAAAUUUUC